AAAUGAUUUAGGAUAAUCGAUGAAAGAAGUUCACAGCAUGUUCAGGAAUUCAAACAAAAGUUCCUGUGAACAUUCAAAUCACUGAAAUGACCAAAAUCUCUUUAUCUGAAACAUAUGAAUUAGCUCUUGACAAGAAACUAUAGCACUUGAAAGUUUCUUAAACUUUGCAUCUUAUUGUCUGCGCGAAAACACAUCUAUUGAAGAAUAUAACAAUUGAAGGAACAUGUCUAACAAUGCAGAAAUAAUCAACCUAUCAUUUUUAUUAGAGCAUGAAAGAGAAACAAUAUUGGGAGUAUUAAAAAGAGAUGAAUACUUGAAAAAAAUGGAAGAUAAACGAAUCAGAAAACUAAAGAAUGAGUUAUUGGAAGUGAAACGUAAAGGUGGACGGCAUCACCAGCAAGAUAACAGCAAGGUCUGCACUCGCUGUCAGAAAAAUUUGGGCUUAAUUUUUGACAGAGGUGACCACUGCCAAAUAUGUGGCCUGAGAGUUUGUAACAAAUGUCAUGUUUUAGGAACCGAUGGCAGUUGGAAGUGCACAGUGUGUAAUAAAAUUGCGCAGCUUAGGGUAGUAACAGGUGAAUGGUUCUUUGAAGAGAGAGCAAAACGCUUCAAGCAGUCCAAGCUCCUUGGAACUGAUAUUGUUCGACAGUCUAUUCUUCGCAAAGCUCCAGAUUCUUCCCCUGAACUCUUAGAAGGCAGAUUCAAAGAUCAUUCUCCAAAAACCUUAGAGGAUACAUCAAAGCAAGAUAUGUUAGCUUCAUUUACAAGUGGGACAAAAUUAGUUCUCACUGAGCCUAGGAAAAUAGGGGGAAACACCUUUCCCUCAGAUAGUCAUCUUCUUGGACACAUAACUGGCAACAUGAAAAAUCAAAGCAAUGCUUCUACUCCACUCUAUCCAAGGUCACCAGCACUGAGUGCACGCAGCAUGACUAUUGACUACAGCAGGGAUUCUGAAAUAGAAAACAACAUUGUUAUGCCUAUCAGUGAAAGUAUCCCUGCAGAGUUGUCAAAACGGCAUCAUAGAAAAAGUUCUGGAACACCUUCUGUGGCGAUUUCUAGGACAUCUUUAACAUCUGAUCGUAGUAGAUCAGAGAGAGAUCUCAGUGGAUCCUUUUCAAAAGGAAAUGAAAAUACUUUAAGCUUAAGAAGUAAAUCUGUACCUGGAGCACUGGACCAUGAAGUGGACUCCCGGAAUGAAGCAGAAGAGGAUAUGGAUGACAUUAUAGCCUCUGGCUUUUCCAAAAGGCAAAGUAAUUUGGCAAGUGGCUUUUCCACAAAUUCUCCUUCAAAUUCUGAAAAGAAAUGGAACUACCUAAAUGUUCCAGAAGCAGAUGGUGAUACUGCCAGCAUUAACAGUACGAUGAGUGUUUACAGUGAAACUGGGGACUAUGGAAAUGUGAAUAUUAGUGGUGAAAUUUGUCUGCAAAUUAGCUACAGCUAUAAAACAGGAGCCCUUAACAUACUUGUAAAAAAAUGCAAGAACUUGGCCAUUGCUGAUGAAAAGAAACAAAGAACAGAUCCUUAUGUCAAAGCAUAUCUUCUGCCAGACAAGUCUCGCCAGAGCAAAAGAAAGACAAAAACCAAAAGUAAUAGCACUGAUCCAGAAUUCAAUGAAAUGCUUAAGUAUGUCAUUAGCCACACGCAGCUUGAGACUCGUACUCUACAACUUUCUGUCUGGCAUUAUGACAGAUUUGGGCAUAACAGUUUUCUGGGAGAAGUAGAGAUUCCCUUGGACUCCUGGAACUUUGAAAAUCAAAUUGAUGAAUGCUUCAUGCUUCAACCCAAGAUGGAGAUUGCCACUGAUAUUGGGCUGCAAUAUAAAGGAGAAAUAAUUGUUGCUUUACGGUACACCCCACCCGAAAGAAACCUAACACUUCCUCUAGGAGCGAUUCAAGAAAAGAAGAGUUCAAAGAAAGAAAAGAAAUCAACCUCACAGGAACCACCAGGAGGCAUAUUGGAAAUUGUCAUCAAGGAAGCCAAGAAUUUAAUGGCAGUGAAAUCAGGAGGCACAUCAGAUACGUUUGUGAAAGGACACUUGCUUCCUGACAACAAAUCUUCAAAGUAUAAAACCCAUGUAAUUAAAAAGAGUGUUAAUCCCCACUGGAAUCAUAUGUUCAGUUUUAGUGGCUUGAACCCUAGAGAUAUACACAAUGUCUGUGUAGAACUCACUGUUUGGGACAACGAAUCUCUCGCCAGCAACAUUUUCCUGGGUGGUGUUCGCUUGAGUAUUGGAAGUGGUAUAAGCAAUGGCAAAGAAGUUGAUUGGAUGGAUUCUCAAGGAGAAGAGCAACUUCUUUGGCAAAAAAUGAUUGAUUGUCCUGGGGAUUCUGUAGAAGGUGUAUUAAUGCUGAGAUCCAGCAUGGGGAAACACAGUAUCUGAGGAGUAUGGUUUGCAUAAAACUGACACUACAAGAGUGUAAUUUUAAAUUGUAAUAAGAUGUAAUGGAGAAUGGUCUCCUGUGAUGAUUUGCACAUCUAAACAUAAUGAAGUUCAUUUUUACUCUGAAUUUAAAUUUUCUGAAAUGGAUAAUGAAUGCAUUCAGCACUUUCCUAAAUCCAUGCUAUAGCUCUUGUAUUAAUUUACCCAGGCUAAAUCAGUAAAGUCAUUUCCCAAACAAGAUUUGCUGAGUUGUUAGAAUGAAGCCAUUUAAUCCUCUCUACAGAAUAUUGGUCAAAGAUUUUUCUUUAUUAUUUCAAAAAAAAUUAUCAGAAUGAAUGAAAAGUCAUUGAAGCUAGUUCAUUAUAUCCCAUUUCAAAUAUGUCUAAUGAGCUUGGGAAGUGAGUGCCAGGAUUGGAGGCAUGCUCUAAGGAGUAAUUAUGUCCCUAAUUUUUUCAGGCUGAUAUCCAUAAAUGGUUCCUAAUAAGUUUUACAAUAAAGAAUUAGAGAGUCUCAACUUACCUGCUCAUAAACAAAAGGGCAUGGGUUAGAGCCAGUUGUACCAGUUCAAGAGAACCAUUUGUUAACUCUUUGUGGAGUUCUGCAAACCAGCCAAAUAGUCAAGGCUGCCUGCCUGCUGGCCUAACAAUUCCAGUAAUUCACACACACCUCAGACAUUCCUACUCAUUUGUAAUUAACCAAAGGAAAAGAAAAGAAAAAGAAGGAAUAACCACAUAGCCAUUUCUUCAACAGAAAAAUUCUAGCCCUUUAAAACUCAUGGGGGGUAAUAAAGUGAAAGAGGUUUUCUUCUACUUCUCUCUCCCUUCAGUUAAUAGACAGCCAAAAACCAUUUGAAAGGUGAAUACUUAGUUGCAAUAACAAAAUCGCAGGAAUGCAGUCAGAACAGAAACAAUAGAAAUUUACAGAUCAUGCUGAUUAACAGAGUUGGAAGAGACCUUGUAGGUCUAGUCCAAUCCCCGCCCAAGCGACCCUACACCAUUUGUGACAAAUGGCAGUCCAAUCUCU